CCAAUCCCCGGUGUGAUAUUGUUAAGCUUGAAACGCGAUGGCGGACGCUACUUGGUCAGCCUUUCAGGGCACUUUAACGUCAAUGACAGCCCGAGACUGGAUAGUGGCUUUGAUAUCGGCGUGGCUUGCAUUUAAAGUUCUGCAGGCAUUGUAUAAUGUCUCGCCUCUUCACCCGCUUAGCAAGAUCCCUGGUCCGAAACUUGCCGCGGCAACAUAUCUGCCCGAAUUCUACUACGAUGUGAUCCUCGUCGGUCGCUAUACCCAUGCUAUCAAGCAGAUGCACGAGAAAUAUGGUCCUAUUGUCCGCAUUAACCCCAAUGAGCUGCACUGCGCUGAUAUGUCCUUCUCGGAUGAGAUCUACGCCGUCGGCGGUCGCAAGCGCGAUAAGCCCUUCCACCAAGUGAAUGGCUCAGCAGCCGGUACAGGAAACGCUUUUGGUACCCCUGAUCACGAUCUCCAUCGCGCCAGACGUGCACCAGUAGCCAAGUUCUUCUCACGAGCCAUGAUUGCACGUCUCGAACAAGAAGUUCACGACCUGGCACAGACUCUCUGCAACAAGCUUUUGGCUGAGAACAAGGAUGAAAAAGAACGUAAACCGUUCGAAAUCGCUCAUGCAUACAGUUGUUUCACAUCUGAUGCCAUUUCAAGCUACUGCUUCGGUGAAGCUUUUGGAUUAUUAUCUCGCAACCAGUGGCAGCCAAACUACCGUGAAGCUACUCUCGCGGUACUUAAGCCAGUCUUUUUCUUCCGCUUCUUUCCGAUUCUUGUUUCUAGCGUGAAGCUGGGUAAAUAUCUUGUCGACUACUUACCAGCUGAUACCGCGCUUCUCAUUCGAACUCUACAAAUCGAUAUUCCUUCGCGCGUUCAAAAGACGAAGAACGACUUGGAUUCUGGUAUUGUUUACGAUCGACCGACUAUUUUUGCAGAUCUGCUUCAAUCUGAGCUUGAUGACAGUGAGAAGAAGCAAGAUCGUCUGGUUGAGGAGGCUGUCACUAUCGUCAACGCUGGAACUGAGACGACGAGCUGGGCAUUGGCUGUGAUAACAUACUUCCUCUUGUCACAGCCUGAAAUUCUGGCCAAGCUACAAGAUGAACUGAAGCAGGUUGUUGACGAUCCAUGCCAUUUGCCUUCAUGGACGACACUAGAGCACCUUCCAUAUCUUGGAGCUGUCAUCAAUGAGGGUCUACGUCUAUCCUAUGGUGUUUCGAGCCGCACAGCUCGCGUGCCAACAACAGAAGACCUUGUUUACAGGGGAGAAUUUAACAAGAAGCCGAUGAGCUUGGUGUUACCUCGAGGUUAUGCAAUCGGUAUGUCGGCGGCCAUUGCACACCACGAUGAGUCUGUUUUCCCUGACUCGUAUGCUUUCGUGCCUGAACGAUGGAUCGAUGAGGACAAUAAGAUCAGAAAAGACCUGGAGAGGUCAAUGAUUGCAUUUUCAAAAGGCAGCCGUGGAUGUCUUGGUAAAAAUCUCGCAUUGUGCGAGUUGUACCUCUCUCUUGCAGCUUUGGUUUUGAGAGUGAUGCCCUAUAUGCGUCUGUACGAGACGACGGAGCGGGAUAUUCGCUACGAUCAUGACAUGUUCAUUCCGAUGACGGAGAGCGGAAUCAAUCAUACCCUGAUGGGCCUCCGCCAUACUCAACCCUUGCUGCAGCAACUUCAGCACCAACUUUCUCUGUGGAUAGCCAACCUCAUAUUCUACCUAUCCCAACGCUUGAACAACCUACACUUCAUCCAUCAGAGAAGCCCAUCGCCAUCCCAGCAACAAGCUCCAAGCUCGGCUCUCCCUUCCUACGAGCCUUCCCACCUAUCCUCGAAGACCAAUACCAUCUUCCUCAGAUUUCUUGAUGACCUCAACCGUGCGGCCGUCGCUAGUCCGCCAGUCCAGAUACUGGGAAUGAUCGUUGGUAAUUCGGUUAAUGCGGCAGCUACUCUUUCGACGUACGCCAUCAGUAAAUCUCGAAGUGAGCUUUGCAUCAGUACCGCGAACAAAGAACUCUUUAUGCCUAGAGGUCUCAAGGCUGAGUUUGCAAAGUUGGAUGCAGUUGCUCGUUAUGCCAAGAUACCCAUCUUGGAUGGUAAUGGCAAAAUCGAGAAGAAUAGUAUGGUUCUUGGACCAUGCGAAGAUGUUUCGGCUCAGUCUUCACUCACUGUGCAGCAACGCAGACUUCAGGCCAUUGAGCCAUGGAUUGCACCACUAGAUCUUACACCCUUACCUGAGUUACAUGUGCCGGAUAACUUUGUAAGCAAAAUGCAUGUUUCAACAAGUGAGCGACAACGAAAGAAGGAGGAAAAUAAGAUGACCAAAGAUAGAGCCAAGGCGCAUGAGGAUUGGACUGAAGAUUCAAGAAAGGCUCGAAAAGACUAUGAGAAGGAGAUGCGCAAGAUAGAAGAGGAAUUUGCGAAGACUCAAAGAAAACAUGCAGAUGAGCCCCGCAAGUUGGAGAAAGAGUUGAAGAAGCUGGAUAAGGAAAGAGAAAAGUGUCAAAAAGAGUAUGAGAAGGAAAUGAGAAAGGCUAAUAAAGAUAGACGGAAGGAUGAUAAGGAAGAGGAGGGUGUAAUGAGCCUAUGGAAUAAUAAGCACGGAACACGCUGGUGCAAAGGACACUAG